AUCUGAAUACUUGGAGGCAAUCAAGCAGCCAAUUGAGGUAUCGCGGAGAUCGUCUCGGCCAGUUUGUCUGUCACCAGCACUUGUUUGUCUGCACACUCUCCGUCGUAUCGACACAGUCACACAUACAGCCAGCAAGUCCCUCGACAGACAGACCGACCAUACGCACCCAACGCGCACCACCGCCGACCAUUUGGCUGCCUGGCUGUCACUCGAAGAUCUGUCUGAUUGUGUCGACUUCGCUUCUGCCGUCGAGAAAGGACCCCAGCAGCUUCUCCACAUGAGCCCGAAAAGCAUCCCUUUGGGCGGUGUCCAGGUGCACCAGCGCCCCCUUAACCACCACACCCAAAGGCGACAGCAGGGGGGAAAUGUCGCUAAGGGGGUCGUCACCACCAUCACGGUCACUAUCACGGUCACCAUCAACCUCCUCCCCCUGUGUGUCGCCAUUCUCAUUAUUCUCGUUGUGACCCCGCUGCUGCUGCUGCUGCUGCUGGCGUUGGAUGGCGAGGAGGCGUCUGUGCAGCUGCAUGCUCUCGAGCCGAAACAGCUCCUGCCACAGGGGGAGGCUCCGCGGCAAAACACGCACACCCCUGAUCGAUAAAGAUAGAGUGCACCCGCCUGUGUGUGUGAGGAUGUGUGUGUGUGUAUCCCUCCAUUCAUUCACACCUGAGCAUUAUGAUGCGUGCGGUUUUGAUGUUUUUGUGCUGCACGUGGUGGUUGGCCGCCACCAGAUAGAACCGGUGCUCGUGCGGGUGGUACGCCAGACCCUGCACACACACACAGACACACACACAGGGGUGGGUAAGCGACACAGACAUCCAGUGUCAUCGACCACUCCCUCCCUCCCCUGUGCGCCCCGCACCCACCCGUGUGAUGGCCUUGAGCAGCUGCCUGGUCGACCCCACAGACAGACAAAAGUUCAGAUACUCGUACCUGACCCAUCGCAAGGAGGAACACCACACACACUUGUAUGUGACUCAAAGUGCGUCGUCUGCCCACGUGUGUGUGUGCCGCCGUCUGCUCACCAGAGUGGCUUGUCGUGGUUGAACUUCUCAAGAGCACGGUGGAACAGAAAGUGCAGCCGACGGAUCCCUACACGCAUUCACACAAUCAGACAAAGCCACCUUGUGCUUGGCUGCCUGGCUGAUUCACUGACUGACUGACUGACUGACUCACCGGCGAUGUCGCUGAGUGUCUUCGUCUUCCACCCGAUCUUCCGGCUGCGGUGGGUACGCAGAGACUCCUGCACACACACACACACACACACAAAAGGCACACAGACAGACAGACCCGUCAAUGAACCAGUGAACAAAAACUCAGCAAAGAUCCCUGCUGUGACCCGAUUCCCACAUCCGUCUACAUCCACAGCCAUACGUACCAGGGCCAUUUCAUAUUGGAUGUAGCGCAUGAAUGGUUCCAGCGUCACGUGGGCCUUGUUCAUGAGUUGGUACUCGAAGUCCCGCCUCCUGCCGGCCAUCUGCCUCAGCUCCUCGCGCGUGAAGAUGCGCUUCUGCUCCAGGUCGCGGUACUCGGGCACCUGGGACUCCAGAUACGCUUGAACACGGUCAGCCAU